AAUUUUAGUAGAUUUGUUACAACAUUUUGAAAAACAUGAAACCGUCGAACGCUUUCCGCGAUCAGGUACGAAUGCUGUCUGGUUGGUUCAAGGAAUGGUCGGACUGUGAGCAAACCGUCGCCCUUUAUUCAUUACUCAGUCGCCUUUCAGCUACACAGGCACGGUUUCUGUCAUUUGUCCUGGAACAAACAGUCUCCGAUUCGCAAGAACUUAAAUUACUUGAACAACAAGCUAAUGACCCUGGUUAUGUGAGUGGUUUGUGCAAUGAGAGCAAAGAAACUGCUGUUGCCCAGUUACUGGGACAUCUACCUUUAUUACAUCCUGGUAAUGCUGAUGCCAAAAAUGAAUAUCUGAAAUUGAUUCCCAAGAUUCUACAUCAUUCCAUUCAGAAUGGAAUUCACCUGGAUGAGAGCCGACAAUUGCUGUCUUAUUCCGUCAUUCAUCCUGCUUUGAAUAAUGAGGAACGUACUUCACUCACUCAGUGGUUGACCCACCUGGACGAGUGCACGAGUAGUUACGCGUACCAUCCCCAGCUUAGGAAUUUGUCUUCCGACCCCACAGCAGGGGUCACGAUCCCACCUGGACUUCAAGCAAACAGUUUUGAACACAACAACUUUCAGCAUUUCUUGCAUGGAAGUAAGCUGAAUGGCUGGAAGAGCCAAACAAGUUUUGGGGAAUCUGGCCUGGGGCCAAAUGAUAGUAGCGAGCAACCCACUAUCACCUUGGUGGCUGGUAACCAUGGUAGUGGUGAUACAAAUGGUGGAGUGAGAUCACAUCCACCAGUGCAGCUUACCUUGUCAGCACCGCCAGCUAUGAAUAUGGCUACACAGUUAUCAAAUCAAGGAGGGACAAGUGGUAGUUCACUGGCUCCUCCAAUGCGUAAUAAGCGUAGCAACUCCUUGACCCCUCCCACAUCAUCUGGUCCUCCUAUCGAUACAUGGAUGUCUGCAGAAGAUCUUCUCGGAUGGGGCAAUGAACAUGCCCCUCUCUCACCUCAGAGUAGCGUCACAUCGUCAGGAAGCGGAGAAACUCUGACUGAGGAAAAUGGAAGGAAUACAUUCCUAGAAGACGGGAGUGGCAUGAAAGAUGUACCUGCUUGGCUGAAAAGUCUGCGUCUCCAUAAAUAUUCACAACUCUUCCAACAAUUAACCUAUGAGGAAAUGAUGACACUUACUGAAGAGAGCUUGGAGGCUAAAAAUGUUACCAAAGGAGCUCGAAAUAAAAUUAUCCUUAGUAUUCGGAAGUUAACUGAACGUGAAGAACUGCUACGGGAACUAGAAAAGGACAUCAUGGAGUGCAACAGUCCAAGUACCCUGAAAGGCGCUCUUAAUGAACUGAAAUCCAUAUUGCUCACCCCAAUCAAAGCAUACAGCCAACAACAAAAUGAUAACAAGGAGGUUAUUGAUACUGCCAAUUCUACUAGUCAAAGCUUGACUACUAUUACUGUGACAAGUACCGCUGCUGACCGUACAACGCAGGGUGGUAGUGGUACUGAUAACUCACAGUCCUCUUCACUGCCAAACGACAUAGAGCAAAGUUCAGUACCAGUAAUAGAAGGUGAUCUUCCAGGACAGUUUACUCGGGUCAUGGGUAAAGUAUGCACGCAACUGCUGGUGUCGCGUCCAGAUGAAGAUAAUCUGAGUCUGUACAUACAGCUUAUAGAUAAAACCUUGAACCAUGAAGCAUUUACUGAAAUCCAGAAGAAGAGAUUAGCCUCAUGGAAACAACAGUGUCAACGAGCAUGUAGAUCUCAUCCUCGGAGAUUGUCAUUAGAUAGUAGUAAACAGAGAGGCGGGUGGUUGACGCAUGGUAAUACCUUUCCAACAGGAUGUAAUGAUUACAUAGUCGGAGGUAGUGGUAUACAAAGACAGAAAAGAGUCAGUUCACGGCCACAGUUCACCCCAACCACUCUACCACAGAGAAUAAACCAAAGUACUGGACCUAUUGGUACUACUAGUGUUCAAGGUGUCUUUACACGUACCACAAGUCCAGGAGGUGUCAAUAGUUUUCUGAAGCCAAGACCCGGCAAUAGCCACCAGGGUGUUCAAAGAACUAAAUCAGCUCCUGUACGUAGACCGUCUCUACAACUUGGUAAUUUCAUGAUUCAGCCUGGUAGACCGUUUGCUGAUUACCAGUUUGGUGCAACUGAACCAGAGAUCAACAAUCGCCUUGAGUCACUCUGCCUUAGUGUUACAGAGCAUGCACUGGGUGAUGGUCCAUCCAUUGACAGAACAUCUACCUUAUAAAAGCAGCCUUGGAAGUAUCAGGAUAUGAUUGGUCUAAAACUGCCAGUUUUCUCUUUUUUGUUAGAGAAAGAAAUGUUAUACUUUUUGACUGCUUGUUGUAUAGAAUACAAAC